CAGGGAGGGGGGGUUGCGGAGCGCCAAGACGGCUGGCAAUGGGGUUGCGGGCCCCGUCGAGGGAGCGUCUGGCGGAAAUGGAACUGCCGAAGCGGCCCAGCGACCCAGCUGAUGGGUAACGAUGCGACUCUGCGCUGCCUUCCAUAGGUAGUAUGGAGGGUGUGGAGGGGCAGCGACGCAACCCCGCUCGUCAGGGCCGUCGUCGCGUCGUCGGUCUUUUAAAGGGAAGGAGGCCCUCUUUUCCCCUCGUGCGCGUGUCGUUUUGGUCUCGUCUCUUCUUUCCAUUUGAUCGGAACUCGUGCAUUGAAGAAAAAAAAGGAAAAAAAGGAAAAAAAGAAAACAAAGUGCCCGUCAGCACAUCGGAAUAGCGUCACCCCGUCACCACAGCGACCAGUAAACAAAACAACCCCUCCCCACCGACAAAAUGCCGCCCUUCCGCGCCGAGCACAUGGGUUCCCUCCUGCGGCCCGAGAAGCUGCUCGAGGUGCGCGAGGCGAUCCGGGCUACGGGCAUCAGCGCCGAAGAGGCGGGGCUGCCGGCGGUCGAGAAGGAGGCGGUCGCGGCCGUUGUCAAGCUGCAGCUGGACCUGGGGCUCAAGGCGGUGACGAGCGGCGAGUACAACCGCACGCGGUUCUGGGGGCUGAUGUGGGACGAGUUCGUCGGCACGGUGCGGCUGCAGGACGCCGACGCGGCCAUGUUCCGGCUGUACCACCCGGACGUGGUCAGCCUGAUCGAGAAGGACCGCAAGGUCAUGCCGGGCGACUCGGUCAUCGCCGGCGCCAAGCUGGCCCACGACCGCGCCCGCUCCGUGUCCAAUUUGCAUGAGCUGCGCCUCGUCCAGGCCGCCGUGCCCAAGACCGACUGGCCCAACAUCAAGCUCACCAUGAUCACCCCGGCCUGGUUCCACAUGCGCUACAAGCAGGGCCGCGCCUACACCAAGGACGCCUACGCCGACGACGCCGCGUACUUUGCCGACGUCGCCAAGGUCUACCAGGCCGAGCUGGCCAUGUUGUACGAGGCCGGCCUGCGCAACGUGCAGUUUGACGACCCCGGUCUGGCGUACUUUUGCUCCGACAAGUUCCGCCAGGGGUGGGCCGAGGACACCGACAACAUCGGUAGCGUCGACGACCUGCUGGACGCGUACAUCAAGCUGUACAACGACAGCAUCUCUAAGCUGCCAGCCGACUUCCACACGGGGGUGCACCUGUGCCGGGGCAACUUCAUCGGCGGGCGGCACUUUGCCGAGGGCGCGUACGACAUCAUUGCGCAGAAGCUGUUCACGGACCUCAAGGUCGACACCUUCUACCUCGAGUACGACACGGCGCGGGCCGGCGGCUUCGAGCCCCUCAAGUUCCUGCCGCGCGACAAGCACGUCGUCAUCGGCGCCAUCAGCACCAAGCUGCGCGACCUAGAGGACAAGGACGAGAUCAAGCGCCGCGUGUACAGCGCCGCCGACUUCGUCGCCGCCGGCAGCGGCCAGACCCGCGACGAGGCCCUCAAGCGCGUCGCCAUCAGCCCCCAGUGCGGCUUCAGCACCCACGAGACCGGGUACCCGCUGACCGAGGACGACGAGAAGAAGAAGCUGGCGCUCGUGCGCCAGAUUGCCGACGAGAUCUGGGGCGAGCCUUAGAUGGUGCCCGGGAUGGGUAGAUGGAAGCCAUGCUCUUUUUUCUCCUGCUGCUGCUGCUGCAUCUUCAACACUGGUGCGUCUGGCAUUUUUAGGGGUGGGUGGGUAGUGGGUGGUGUCAAGUAAGUAAGUACCCGGUAAGGAACGGACGGACGGACGGACGGACGGGGAAAAUAGCAUGUGUAUAUCGGCGUUGGACAUCAACUUCCGGCCGGAAAAUGGGACGAGGCAUUUCGGGAGUGGAGGGGUUCUCACUGUUAAUUAGACAGUUGUCUCGGGCACAUACUAGUCAAACAAGUAGCCAUUCUCAAAAUUAUACGGGCGCCUUUGUGCAUGUUUUUGCAGUAUUGGCGGUAGACCUGGGUUCUGGGUUGGAUUAACAGUGAUCAGGGGUCGGCAUCGCUCCUGGGUUUUCUUUUCUUUCUUCG